AUGGCUACGAAAGAUCUGCCUACUCACCUUUCCACCGGCGGCUUUGGCAAGCACCAUGGCAAGACUCAGUCUCACAUGGCAUUCGAAAAUGCCUCAACCAGUGUUGCCGCUUCUCAGAUGCGUAACGCUCUGAACGCCCUCGCCGAGACCGUCCCCGAUGACAACGAGCGCAAGCGAUUCGAGGCCGAGAUGGACAACUUCUUCGCUCUCUUCCGCAGAUUCCUCAACGACAAGGCCAAGGGUAACGCCGUCAACUGGGACCGCAUUGCCCCUCCUCAGCCCUCGCAGGUCGUCAACUACGAUGACAUUGGCAAGGAGUCUUCUGUUGAGUUCCUCAACAAGUUGGCUGUUGUCAAGCUCAACGGUGGUCUCGGUACCUCCAUGGGUUGCGUCGGCCCCAAGUCCGUCAUCGAGGUCCGUGAGGGCAUGUCCUUCCUGGAUCUGUCCGUCCGCCAGAUCGAGCACCUCAACCGCACUUACAACGUCAACGUCCCCUUCGUUCUGAUGAACUCCUUCAACACUGACCAGGACACACAAUCCAUCAUCAAGAAGUACCAGGGCCACAACGUCGACAUCAUCACCUUCAACCAGUCUCGCUACCCCAGAAUCAUCAAGGACUCGCUUCUCCCCGCGCCCAAGUCCUUUGACGCUCCUCUGCAGGACUGGUACCCCCCUGGACAUGGUGACGUAUUCGAGUCUCUGUACAACUCUGGUACCCUCGACAAGCUCUUGGAGCGUGGCGUUGAGUACAUUUUCCUUUCCAACGCCGACAACUUGGGUGCCGUUGUGGACACCCGCAUCCUGCAGCACAUGAUCGACACGAAGUCCGAGUACAUCAUGGAGUUGACCGACAAGACCAAGGCCGAUGUCAAGGGUGGUACGAUUAUCGACUACGAGGGCAAGGUCCGUCUUCUUGAGAUCGCCCAGGUGCCCAAGGAGCACGUCAACGAGUUCAAGUCCAUCAAGAAGUUCAAGUACUUCAACACCAACAACAUCUGGAUGAACCUCCGCGCCAUCAAGCGUGUCGUUGAGGAGAACGAGCUCGAGAUGGAGAUCAUCGCCAACGAGAAGUCUAUCCCCGCCGAUAAGAAGGGCGAGGCCGACCAGGCUAUCUACCAGCUCGAGACUGCUGUCGGUGCCGCCAUUCGCCACUUCAAGAACGCCCACGGUGUCAACGUUCCCCGUCGCCGUUUCCUUCCCGUCAAGACCUGCUCCGACUUGCUCCUGGUCAAGUCCGACCUCUACCGUCUCGAGCACGGUCAGCUUGUCAUGGACCCCAACCGAUUUGGUGGUGUCCCCGUCAUCAAGCUCGGAGGAGACUUCAAGAAGGUCUCUGACUUCCAGAAGCGCAUCCCCAGCAUUCCUCGCAUCGUUGAGCUGGACCACCUUACCAUCACCGGUGCGGUCAACCUGGGCCGCAACGUAACCUUGAAGGGCACGGUCAUCAUCGUGGCCACAGAGACCAGCACAAUCGACAUUCCCCCAGGAUCCGUACUGGAGAACUGCGUUGUACAGGGCAGUCUGCGUAUCCUCGAGCAUUAA